GUGCGUCGGUUGAACACAGCUUCGACUGUGCCUGGGGACUUCGAGGCACCUGUGCAGACUCUGGAGGAGGACUCGGAGACAGGUUCUGUUCCCCGGAGGAAGCGAGCCGAGAAGUCGCGGAGCCCGGUGAAGUCCAAAGCAGCACGGUGUGAUCCUGCACAGGAGAAGUCGCCUAGCCCGGUGAAGUCCAGAGGACGACGGGUUGCUCGUGAGGAGAGAGCCGAGAUGCUGCAGAGCCCAGUGAAGUCCAGAGCACCACGGGCUGAUGGGGAGCAGCAGAAGUCGCGGAGCCCAGUGGAGUCCAAAGCAGCAGGGGGUGAUCGUGAGCACGAGAAGUUGCGGAGCCCGGUGAAGUCCAAAGCAGCACGGGGUGAUCGUGAGCAGCAGAAGUCACAGAGCCCGGUGAAGUCCAAAGCAGCACGGGGUGAUCGUGAGCACGAGAAGUCGCGGAGCCCGGUGAAGUCCAAAGCAGCAACGGGUGAUCGUGAGCAGCAGAAGUCGCAGAGCCCGGUGAAGUCCAAAGCAAGGGGUGACCGUGAACAGCAGAAGUCGCAGAGCCCGGUGAAGUCCAAAGCAAAGGGUGAUCGUGAGCAGCAGAAGUCGCAGAGCCCAGUGAAGUCCAAAGCAGAGGGUGAUCGUGAGCAGCAGAAGUCGCAGAGCCUGGACGAGUCCAAAGGAGCACGGGGUGAUCCUCAGCAGAAGAAAGCCGACAAGUCGCCUAGCCCGGAGAAGUCGAGACCGGCAGUCAAGAAGGAGGACGUGUCUGACAUGGUGGCAGAUUGUAUGGAAGCACUUCAGAGUCAGGUCAGCAUGAGCUCGGUGAAGAAGCGCAUGUCGCGACUGUUCUCGCCACGAGUGGACGGGACAUUCUUGGUUCCGAAAGAGCUGGUGGAUCAGUAUAAGGACCUGAGCCAGCGUGCCGAGCUCGAGAAGGAAUUCCUGAAAGCUGGCUUGGACAAGGACCUGUUCAUCAAGCGCUCUGUGAAGAAAGUCAAGCGACGAGAGUCCGAGUCGGAGCUUUGGGUGUCUGGGCAGUUCGUUUCGGAUGCCGACAUGGCUGAGCUUGGCAUGACGGAAACCCGGAAGAAAGCCGUUCAUGCUGAGUGUGCCAAGAUGCGGGGAUGGAUCAGGUGGGACUCGGACUUGUCUGUGUAUAUGUAG